AUGGCAGCGGCCGCCGAAACUUCAUCAUCCAAUUCCUUACCCAUUCCGGGCCCGAAUCCCCCCGGCGGCCGACGACACUUCGUGUUGGUCCACGAAGCUUGCUUCGGGGCGUGGUCGUGGUACAAGAUGUUGCCGCUGCUCGCCUCCACCGGCCACAACGUCACCGCCAUCGACCUGGCUGCUUCCAGCAUCGACCCGUAA